AUGUCUCCCACGCCCAAGACAGAUGUGUCCCACUCCCUUCCACACUCCUUACAGAUGUCUCACUCUCCAGACAGAUAUCUCCCACUCCCUUCCACACUCCAGACAGAUGUCUCCCACGCCCAAGACAGAUGUGUCCCACACCCCAGACAGAUGUCUCACACUCUCUUCCACGCUCCAGACAGAUGUCUCACGCUCUCCAGACAGAUGUCUCACACUCCCUCCCAUGCCCCAGACAGAUGUCUCACACUCCCUCCCAUGCCCCAGACAGAUGUCUCCCUCUCCCUCCUACGUCCAAGACAGAUGUCUCCCACACCCCAGACAGAUGUCUCACACUCCCUUCCACGCUCCAGACAGAUGUCUCACGCUCUCCAGACAGAUGUCUCACACUCCCUCCCACGCUCCAGACAGAUGUCUCACACUCCCUCCCACACCCCAGACAGAUGUCUCACGCUCUCCAGACAGAUGUCUUACACUCCCUCCCACACCCAAGACAGAUGUCUCACACUCCCUCCCACACCCCAGACAGAUGUCUCACGCUCCCUCCCACGCUCCAGACAGAUGUCUCACUCUCCCUCCCACGCUCCAGACAGAUGUCUCACACUCCCUCCCACACCCCAGACAGAUGUCUCACACUCCCUCCCACACCCCAGACAGAUGUCUCACACUCCCUUCCACGCUCCAGACAGAUGUCUCACGCUCUCCAGACAGAUGUCUCACACUUCCUCCCACGCUCCAGACAGAUGUCUCACACUCCCUCCCACACCCCAGACAGAUGUCUCACACUCCCUCCCACACCCCAGACAGAUGUCUCACACUCCCUUCCACGCUCCAGACAGAUGUCUCACGCUCUCCAGACAGAUGUCUCACACUCCCUCCCACGCUCCAGACAGAUGUCUCACACUCCCUCCCACACCCCAGACAGAUGUCUCACACUCCCUCCCACACCCCAGACAGAUGUCUCACACUCCCUUCCACGCUCCAGACAGAUGUCUCACGCUCCCUCCCACGCUCCAGACAGAUGUCUCACACUCCCUCCCACGCUCCAGACAGAUGUCUCACACUCCCUCCCACACCCCAGACAGAUGUCUCACACUCCCUCCCACACCCCAGACAGAUGUCUCACACUCCCUUCCACGCUCCAGACAGAUGUCUCACGCUCUCCAGACAGAUGUCUCACACUCCCUCCCACGCUCCAGACAGAUGUCUCACACUCCCUCCCACACCCCAGACAGAUGUCUCACACUCCCUCCCACACCCCAGACAGAUGUCUCACACUCCCUUCCACGCUCCAGACAGAUGUCUCACGCUCUCCAGACAGAUGUCUCCCGCUCCCUCACACUCAACAGACAGAUGUCUCCCACUCCCUCACACUCACCAGACAGAUGUCUCCCACUCCCUCACACUCACCAGACAGAUGUCUCCCACUCCCUCACACUCUCAAGACAGAUGUCUCACACUCCCAUGCUCUAG